CGGCGACCUCCCGGCCCCGCCGCCGCCGCUAGUGCCGCAUCUACCCCGAGGGCUGAGAGGGGCCCAAAGCCUUCGGAAGGGCCAUAGAGUCCGGGUGCGGUAGAGCGGCCCUCCCUUGGCCCAGAUUUCUCUGCAUUGCCUGGGAGACGGGAGAGGCCAGGGCGGGGGUGUCUUCAGACGGGGUCUGGACGAGGUUUUCCAUAGGGACGAAGCCUGAAUUGUCUCCUCUUCGCCGCCGCCCCCAUUCUGGCCCGGAGUCCAGCGCUGUGACUUCUGACUCCGCGAAGCUGUUCCCCUGGACAGGUGGCCUCCCCUCGGCCUCUCUGACCUCCCUGCCUGUGUGACCUUUGAACCCAGUCCGUAUCAGCUUCUCUCCCAAGGGCUCCCUUUUGAUUUCCAUUCUUUUCCGUUUCUCUUUCCCCCCAAGGAGUAGGUCUCUCUGAAGGUCUGUUCUUCAGCCCCCCCACCACUAUCCUGACGUUUUAGAUCUCCUUUGCUCUGCCCGAUUCCGUCUCUCGAGAGGCUAUCUGAAAACGAGGCUUUCUUACUCUCCCGGUCUGUCAAGAUUCCCCCGUUUUUGAAAGGAGGACACCGGCUAUGCCCCCUGGCUGGGGGAAGUGGGGAGGCUGAGACGGUUACUCUGGAUCCGGGGGGGGGAGGGGGGCUUCAGUGGUGGUGUGGCUGUUCAUAUAUGUGUUUGUGAGAGCCCUAACCUUUCUGCGGCCUGGAAGAGCGACAUUUCCCUAGGAGAUUUGUAAAAGAAGUCAUACUGUGAUUACACUACCUAGCUGUGUCUCGGAAUGGCUGUUGUGCCCAGAUGGAUACUCAGAGGGUGCAUGACCAGCUAGGGACUGCAGGCAAGUGGCACAGAAGCAAGAGCAGUGGCCUGCCUCUUGCGAAGCAAGCUAGGUUCCAUUCAGACUGGAUAUGCAGGAUUCACUGUCUUAAGCAAUUGGUUAAGUUUGAUUUGCUUUAACCUGGAGAGCCCUUUUGCCCACCAUUAGCCUGGCUUAUUUCAAAGCCAUCAACAGGAAGCUUGGAUUAUAAGUCUGCUCUCUCCCAUCCUCCACUCUACCACCACCAUGUCGACUUCUUCACUGCGCCGCCAGAUGAAGAACAUUGUACAUAAUUAUUCUGAAGCAGAAAUCAAGGUUCGUGAGGCUACGUCAAAUGACCCUUGGGGCCCAUCUAGUUCUCUCAUGUCUGAAAUUGCUGAUCUCACCUACAACGUGGUAGCCUUCUCAGAAAUCAUGAGCAUGAUCUGGAAGCGUCUCAAUGACCAUGGGAAAAAUUGGCGUCAUGUCUAUAAGGCCAUGACACUGAUGGAAUACCUAAUCAAGACAGGUUCAGAGCGGGUUGCACAGCAAUGUAAGGAGAACAUCUAUGCCAUCCAGACACUAAAAGAUUUCCAGUAUGUUGACCGGGAUGGCAAAGAUCAAGGAGUCAAUGUGCGGGAAAAGGCCAAACAGCUGGUGGCCCUCCUCAAAGACGAUGAGCGCCUCAAAGAAGAGCGGGCCCACGCCCUCAAAACUAAGGAGAAACUGGCCCAGACUGCAACUGCUUCUUCUGCUUCAUCGUCUUUGGCAAAUGCCCCAGUAGAAGCAGAGCAAGCUUGGCCCCAGAGCAGCGGGGAAGAGGAGCUACAGCUACAGUUGGCACUGGCCAUGAGUAAAGAGGAAGCGGAGCAGGUAAGCACCAAGCCCCCUGCAGUGGCCGACGAAGACCUACAGCUCCAGCUAGCCCUUAGCUUGAGCAAAGAGGAGCACGACAAGGAAGAGCGGAUCCGGCGCGGGGAUGACCUACGCCUCCAGAUGGCCAUUGAAGAGAGCAAGAAGGAGACUGUGCCUGCUAAGGAGGAGUCAUCCUUGAUGGAUCUUGCUGAUGUCUUUACUUCUCCACCUCCUGCUGAUCCUUGGGGUGCUCAUCCUGCUCCUGCUGACCCUUGGGGUGGCCCUGCCCCAGUUGUACCUGCAGCUCGCACUGACCCUUGGGGACCCCCUGCUGCUGGAGCAGCCUCUGCAGGAGAUCCAUGGGGAACUUCCGCAGCACCCCCUGCACCCCCCUCGGACCCCUGGGGAGCUCCCCCAGCUGUCAGUGCUGACCCCUGGAAGCCUGAAGGUGGGACUUCUGUCGGAGCUACAACAGCACCACCCACAGACCCAUGGUCAUCCAGCACUGCUCCUACAUCCCAGGGAAAGCCUGCUCCUGAUCCCUGGGCUCCAGCAUCCACUUUUUCAGACCCCUGGGGGGGCUCCCCUUCUAAGCCCAGCACCAAUGGCAUGGCAGCUGCCAGAGGCUUUGAGCAGUUUGAUGAUGGGGACAGGGAUGAAUUCUCUGAUUUUGACAGCCUGCGCCCAGCACUGCCCAAAUCUGGAAGCAGCACAGGUGAACUGUCCCUCUUAGCAGGGGAGGUCCCUGUUUGUCAGGCUGGCCGUGGCACAGACAGCCCCAGUGCUUUUGAUAUGGCUGCCGUGGCUGGGUCACUGCCAGAGACCUGCAAGCCGAUGCGCAAGACUCCUGAGUCGUUCCUGGGUCCCAACGCAGCCCUCGUCGACCUAGACUCACUGGUUAGCAAACCUGCUGCUCCUUCCAGUAGCACCAAGGCUUCGAACCCCUUCCUUCCCCCUGGUUCAGCUCCUGCCCCAUCUGCCUCGGCCACCAAUCCAUUCCAGGCGGCAGCAGCUGCCCCACUUUCUCUCAAUCAGCUCCGUGUCAGUCCAGUACUUCCUUUGUCCCAGCCAGCGCCACCAGCAUUUCCUGCCACAGCUCCUAUGGUCUCCGUGUCCCCCAUGGCUCCUGGGAUGCCCUUAGCCUCAGUUUCCCCCAUGGUGGGAGUGCAGCCCUUAGGGGCUGUUCCACCUCUGGGGCUUCCUGCUAUGGGGCUGCCCCCUCAGAGCCUGCCCCCUGCCGGUGUAGUUCCCAGCAGCACUUCGGCCUCCACCCUGGGGAGCACCAACCCCUUUUUGCUAUAACUGGGGGGACCUUUGGCCCGGUGUUGACCACCCCAACAUCCCCUUUCACUCUGUGUUCCCCAUUUGCAGUGGGGCCCCUCCGAUGGCACCCGUUGAGCAGGGGCAGCUGGAUUGGGGUGGGAGGGAGGUGGAAGGAAAGGGAGGGAUCCAAGUCCUUGCAGGCCCUCCACCCCCAUGUUGGGGGUCAGGCGAGACUUUCUGGCAACUGGUUUUGGGGUGGGCAAGCCCCCUUCUCCCCAGGCCUGCUCUUCAGGGUCCUGGAAGGAUCUGUUUCUACUACCAAAGUCUAGUCAGCCGUGGUGGCCACACACAGUGACUAGUUUAAUGGGGAGGAAUAUAGUCGCAGCAGUGGAACUGGGGGAAGGGGGGGCCCUUCCCUAAAAGUGAUUUUUUGAACCCUCUCCCACUUUUAUUUCUUUGGCAUACCUAUCCAGAUUUGGGAGGUAAUGGUGGAUUUAGAAUAUUUAUAUCCCUGUUUAUUUUGUUUGUUUGUUUUGGUUCAUCAAUCUCUGUCUUCCCCUUUGUGGAAGGAUUGAAGAAAGGGAAAGUGCCAACUCCCUACCUCUGUGAUGUUCCAAAUGAAAUUCUUUGGGGAAGGGAAGACACAACCUUUUAAAUUAAUGAUUUUUUUCCCUAGAUAUUCCCCUUCCUUCCCUUCUGAAUGUUUGUUGCAUCCUCUUCAGCCUCCCUCUUCCCCCCCCCCCCAAGCUGGGACCAGUUUUUCUGUCUUUUGGGAUUUUUUGCUCAUGGGGAGGUAGGGUGGGGGUGAAAUCAGUGAAGCUUUACUACAUUAGGAACAGUUGACACCUUGGAAUGUUUCUCUCUGUUCCUGGGGUCAACAGAGAUGCCACUAACUUAAUGUCAGAGACCAGAACUGGGUCCUGCUCCUAGGCCUCUACCCCUCGUCUACCUGCUUUCUGCAAACUUUGGAUCCAGAAAGAAUAUCCUUUUGUAAGCAGUGCAGGACCUUGCCAAUGCGUCAAGCGGUCAGUGGCGAGGAGAGCCUUGAAACACUCAAUGCAACCUACUAUGAAGGGGAAUCUGGAAAUCACUGAAGGCCAGGUGUUCUGGGUUGCUAGAAAGCCUUUAAAGGCAAAACUUCCCACAUUGGACAUGACUGGACUUGGAAGCCUUUCUCGGCCUGUGUCUUGGAAGCCCAGAAAGAGCUGAAGCCCCUGCUGGGUUUUGGAGCAGCAGGACCUAAAACUCUCUGUCCCAUUCUGUGGGCAAAGGCCAACUGAAGCAAGGAGUCCGAGGAACCUACUGGAAACCACGGGGCUCAAUGCUCAGAAGAGUUGGGAACGGGAAUCCACACAACCUUGCUCUUCCUGCAGCUGUCCCAGUGACCUUCCAGACAUGGCCUGCAUUGCAGCGUCCUUCCGUGUCUUUCGGGGCUGGAAACACCGUGGCCCCCAAGGAAGGUGCCAUUUCUCAGACGCACAGACAAACAAACCUGUUCUUCAACCAGCGCAACUCCGAAAGAGCCUCAAGUAUUCUUUAGACUGGUGGGGGGAACAGAGGGAGGGAUGGGGGAUGUUGGGUGGUCACUUUUACCCCUUCUACAGCAGCAGCUUGUGGGGGAAGGGAGGCAUGGCUGUGUGUGUUUGUGAGUGUGUGCGUAUGUGUAUGUGUUGCUGCUGUUAUAAAUUCCUAUUUGAUGCGGGGGGGGGGGCACUCAUUAGCAUCCAGGACAAUCUGUUCAGUCUUUCUUCUCUCUCCCUCUUCCCUCCAAAUAAAUUCUUGGAAUUGUUUUUCCUUUGCCCCCCUGCC